CAACAGGUUAAAAAUGUUUUUUGCGAUGAAUUGGAUGUGGAGAGCCAUCUUCCUGAUUUUGGGAGUCAAAAUAGCGUUCUGUCUGCAACACACAGCUCAAGAAGUAACCAACAUCUUACGCAGUUUAAAUCAAUCGAAAUACUCCAGACAUGUUCCGCCACCAAAAGAAGGUUUGAAGCCACUUAAUGUUGGAUUGGGAGUCUAUCUAAUCGAAAUGGUUCCAAUAAAACACAGAUACUACGAUCUUGUGGUGGAUAUACUUCUGGAAUGGAAAGAUUCACGUAUGAUGUUCAACUCUUCCAUGACCACACCCAUGGCACUUUCAGUGGAGACUGAUGAAUUCUUUUGGCAGCCUGACCUCUGGAUUCUAGAUGAAAGUAGUGGAAAAUCAGCUUACCUGAUUGAUCAAUAUGUACGAUUGUUUACUAACGGAAAAAUACAGCUGAUCAAAAGACUUAACUUGGUAAUGUUUUGUCCGAUGCGGUACUGGUACUUCCCAUUUGACCAUCAGAAAUGUUUCGUGCGAUUUGAAUCAUACGCUUUUAAUAACAAAAUCAUGUCUCUUAAUUGGUUACCAAUGGGCGUGGAUCGUGAUUUGUACGGCGUUCAUACCACUGAAUUCCAUAUCACUCUUAAUAAUCUAACAAAGAACUACAUCAAUGGAGGUCCAACGGGCAUAUUUGACCAACUCAUUUUCGCACUGGAGAUAAAGAGACAUUUUGGGUACUACUUAAGUCAAAGUUUUUUUCCUUUCAAUCUCGUUGUGAUACUAAGCAUGACAUCUUUCUGGAUUGACCACAACUGUGUGCCGGCUCGAGUGUCUAUUCCGUUAAUUGUCGUGCUCACACUCUCCAAGCUGACAAUCGACAUUAAAGGUUUAUUGCCGUUCUCGCGUUCCACUUUAUUUGUCGAAUAUUACCUCAACUUUUCAGUCCUGUUUGUGUUAACUGUUCUCUUCGAAUACUGCAUUGUAGGAUUGUCGAAAACGAAAGAGAAAGAGAACGAAAUUGAAGAACGUGAAGAAGAAAAAUCAUUGUCCUCAUUUAUCGUCGUCGAAAAGGGAGGUUAUUUAAAGACAGAUUUUCUCGACAUACCGACAAUUUAUGACGUUGCCCAACAAGAAAACCAUGUUGUCCAUCCGAUCGAUCAGAAAUGUCGGCUUAUCUAUCCACUGAUGUACGUGCUGUAUAACGCGGCGUAUUUUGUCACGUGUGCUAUUUCGUACAGUGAUGACUGAUGUGACGUUAGCAAAUACAUGUUUUUUAUAAGCAUAUCGGCAUUUCAGGCUCAGAUAGGAGAAUUUUUUAACUAUACGCUAAACAUAUUGCUCAGCCAUGACUCCUUCUCAUGUGUGCUUUUUUAUUGGUAUUUUAACUAGAAAGUCUUAGUUACACCACUACAAUGACUUGUUUUUUGUGAACACCAAAACUUGUAGUAUCUACAGUACUUAUAUUUAUUAUUAUUAAGUAUAAAAUUUAAUAAAUACAAUUU